GCUGUAGCGUGUCUGUCCGAGGGGUGGGGCCUGCAGGCCUUCGACCUGGGGCCCUCGUGUUGCCAGAAUGGCGGGGCCGGUGAAGGACCGUGAGGCUUUCCAGAGGCUCAGCUUCCUGUACCAGGCUGCCCACUGCGUCCUGUCGCAGGACCCUGAGAACCAGGCGCUGGCGAGGUUCUAUUGCCACACAGAGAGGACCAUCGCCAGACGGCUCGUCUUGCGGCGGGACCCCUCGGUGAAGAGGACAGUCUGUCGAGGCUGCUUUUCCCUCCUCCUCCCCGGCCUGACCUGCACACAGCGCCAGAGACGCUGCAGGGGACAGCGCUGGACAGUACAGACCUGCCUGACAUGCCAGCGCAGCCAACGGUUCCUCAAUGAUCCUGGGCAUGUGCUCUGGGGAGACCGGCCUGAGGCCCAGCUAGGCAGCCAGGCUGAUUCCAAACCACCACAGUCCCUGCCAAACACAGCCCACCUUAUUGAAGAGAAAGUGCUGCCUCAGAGCUCCAAUAACCAGUGAUGGAUUCACCCUGUCUUCCAAAUAAAUAAAGUUUAAUUCUGUUUCACUUUG